GCCGCCGGCCGGAAGUUAAGCUAGAGCGUCGCCGGCGCGCCGCGGGAACGGGUGUGCGCUCUGCUUGGCGGGCACAGCCGGUCCCCGCCGCGCCCCCCAUGAAGCUGCGGGACGUCCCGUCCGCCUGCCCGCGGCUGUGGCGGUCCCUGCCCGUCCCGCCGGCCGAGCUGCGCCUGGACCUGGUGCUGUCGUCGGGACAGACGUUCCGGUGGUGGGAGAGCAGCCCCGGGGCCUGGACGGGGGUGCUGGGGGGGCGCGUCUGGACGCUGCGGCAGGAGCGGGACCGGCUCUGGUACACGGUGUACGAGGAGGAGGAGGAGGAUGGGGACGCGUGUCCUGACAAGGAUGGAGAUGUGUGUCCCACUGGGGCGGCGGAGCCGGACAGUGCCGAGACGGAGCAGAUCCUGCGCGACUACUUCCAGCUGGAUGUGGGGCUGCCAGCCCUGUACCGCGCCUGGGGGGCGGCCGACCCCCUCUUCCGAAAAGUGGCCAAGGACUUCCCAGGGGUGCGGGUGCUGCGGCAGGACCCUGUUGAGUGCCUCCUCUCCUUCAUCUGCACCUCCAACAACCACAUCUCCCGCAUCACCGCCAUGAUCGAGCGUCUCUGCUGCGCCUUCGGCCGCCGCCUCUGCCACCUCGAUGCCCGGCCUGUCCAUGCCUUCCCGUCUCUGUCGGCGCUCACAGGCGCUGACGCCGAGGCCCGUCUGCGGGCGCUGGGCUUCGGGUACCGGGCCAAAUUCGUCAGCGGGAGCGCGCGGGCCAUCGCCGAGGGGCUCGGAGCCGAGGGGCUGUGCCGGCUGCGCACCGUGCCUUACGCCGAGGCCAGGAGGGUGCUGUGCACCCUGCCCGGCGUGGGCACCAAGGUCGCUGACUGCGUGUGCCUGAUGGCGCUGGACAAGGCAGAGGCCGUGCCGGUGGACACACACGUCUGGCACAUCGCGCGGCAGCGCUACGGCGCGGUGCUGGGCGGCAGGAGCCUGACCCCCCGCGCCCACCAGGAGAUUGGUGACUUCUUCCGCGGGCUGUGGGGCCCCCGUGCUGGCUGGGCGCAGGCGGUCCUGUUCUGCGCCGACCUCCGCAAGGGCCAGGAGCCGGGCAGGCGGGGCCGCGCCAGGGGGUGCCGAGGCCAGGACAGCCACGGGGAUGGGGCCCCCUAGGUACACCCCAAGAGGGACGGAACCCCUGGGGCAGUGGCUGGCGGAGAAUCACUGUGACUGUUCCCAGCCUGGGGUGUCCGGGGGUCCCUGUCCCCUGCCCACUGUGUGCUUGGGAGCUGCUUCCCUGGGCAUUGGGGAUGAGGGGGGUCAGGGCUGUCCCCCCACCCAGGGCAGGGCAGAGCUGAGCAGUGUUGGCCUCUUCUCUUUAUUACAAGCAAUAAAAUAGAAACAUCCAUUUGGAAAA